AUGAUUGUGAAAGUUGUUAUAUGUUUAAAUCUUAUUGUUAUUGUGGUGCUAUUGUUGGAUGGAGGUGGGAAGAUGUCGAGAAUGAAUGUUACAAAUGGUGUAAAUACUGCGACGAAGUUGGUGAAGACAAUAAACGACAAUUUAAGAAUUGAGCUAAUCAUAAUUCGCGAGACUAAAAAAUCGCAUGUUCAAUUUGUUCAACAAAAAAGCGAAUUAAACAUCAUUCUAGGGGACAACGGUGUCCAAAGUCUAAAGAACAGAUUUGGAAUAAUUGGUGGUUAUGAAAAUUAUGAAUAUUAUCAAUGUCAAUAUUUUACAACUCUUCGUUUAUUAAUUAAUCCAAAUACAACUUUUUCUAACCAACCAAAAGAAGUUCAUGAUGAAUUAAUAAGAAUAAAAAAUGACAAAAAUUAUAGAGAUGAUUUUUUAGUGGCAGCUCAGAGAUAUAUUAAUAAAGAAGUAAAAAGUUCAACAAAUGGAUCAUUAAUUAAUCAAGAUCGCUCUCAGUCUUUAAUAAAAACAACGAGCAAUUCAAUGGAUGAAUCACAAGAUUGUUCUCGGUCUUCA